UCCGCGCUCACCGCGCCUUCGCUCUCGACUCGUUUCUUCAACCGAGGCCGCCGCUGCCGCCUCUCUUUUCCUCAGCCAUGGAGUCUUCCACCUUCGUGCCCAUCUCCAUCCAGCUGAGCAACCUCCGAAGCCUCUUUCCUGCCAUCAGUGCAGCUGCCUUUGCCAUCAGUCCCCAGUGCCUGUGCCUUAGCCAUGUCACUCCUGGCGACCCUGGGGCUCGAGCUGGACAAGGGCCUGCUCCCAGCUAGCGGGCUGGGAUGGCUUGUAGACUAUGGGAAACUCCCCCUGGCCCCUGCCCCCCUGGGCCCCUAUGAGGUCCUUGGAGGAGCCCUGGAGGGCGGGCUCCCAGGGGGGGGAGAGCCCCUGGCAGGUGACGGCUUCUCCGAUUGGAUGACUGAGCGAGUGGACUUCACGGCCCUCCUCCCUCUGGAGCCGCCCCUGCCCCCUGGUGCCCUCCCCCCACCUUCCCCACCCACCCCUGACCUGGAAGCCAUGGCCUCCCUGCUCAAGAAGGAGCUGGAGCAGAUGGAAGACUUCUUCCUGGAUGCCCCACUCCUCCCGCCACCCUCCCCGUCGCAGCCACCGCCACCACCGCCUCCGCCUCCGCCACCAGCACCCUCGCUCCCCCUGCCGACCUUUGACCUUCCCCAGCCCUCGGCCCUGGACACCCUCGACCUGCUGGCCAUCUACUGCCGCGGCGAGGCUGGGCAGGGGGACCUAGGCUUGGGACCCCUGCCCGCCCCCCCGCAGCCCCCUGCGCCGCAGCCCGCGCGCCCCUCCCCGUACCCCACCACCGCCCGAGGGGACCGCAAGCAGAAGAAGAGAGACCAGAACAAGUCGGCGGCGCUGAGGUACCGCCAGAGGAAGCGGGCGGAGGGCGAGGCCUUGGAGGGCGAGUGCCAGGGGCUGGAGGCGCGGAACCGGGAGCUGAGGGAGCGGGCCGAGUCGGUGGAGCGGGAGAUCCAGUAUGUGAAGGACUUGCUCAUCGAGGUGUACAAGGCGCGCAGCCAGCGCACGCGCAGCAGCUAGGGGCGGGGCCUCGGGCGUGGGCGGGGCCUCGGGCGGGGCGGGCCCUCGGCGGCUGCGUUCGAGCUGGGGUGGGCGGGUCUUUCUUGUCUUUGUAGACCCUCCUGUGUUUUCUUCCUAUUUUUUACCUUUUUGAAUUUUAUCCUCCUUCCAUCCCAAUCAGCGAUGUUCGGCCUUAGUGAACAUCUGCACCCCUCCAGCACAGCUGGGAACUCGAGCUGGGAGCCCUGCUCUCCCCAAUUUCAAACGCCUUCUCGCUGGUGGUCCUGGGACCAGGAAGCCACACAAGAGUGGCUGCAAGUCAUCCUCAACGUCAGGGAGGGUAGGCAGGCACCAAAGUAAUGUCUGAAAAAGCAGCAGGCCAGUGUUGUUGGAGAUCUGUGUGUGGGGAGGGAGCCAAGUCCACAGAGAAACCGCAAGUAGAGGUCAGUAGGGAAGGGGAAUGGUCGUAGUUGGUGACUGGGGGUGGGGGUCAUUUUAGCGCUGGAGAAAAAUCCCACUUGUGAAGGUGGCGGGGUGCUUAACCUUUUUGGGUUGUGAGCAGAAAUAAAAUGCAGAAUU